AUGAAGUUCUUGAUUCUCUCUCUUGUCCUCUCCAUAUCCAUGACUACUCUGUCCUAUGCUCAGACAUGUUCUGACUACAAAUUCUCCAGCAACAAUGUCUUUCAGUCCUGCAACGACCUCCCUUUUCUUGAUUCUUUCCUCCAUCACACUUACGAUUCUUCCACAGGGAGCCUCCAUAUCGCUUAUCGCCACACCAAACUCACCUCUGGCAAAUGGGUUGCUUGGGCCGUGAACCCAACGUCUACAGGAAUGGUGGGAGCUCAAGCCAUCGUGGCUUAUCCACAACCAGACGGCACUGUCAGGGUUUACACUUCCCCCAUCAGAAGCUACCAGACAAGUCUACAGGAAGGUGAUCUGAGUUUCAACGUCUCUGGCUUGUCUGCAACUUACGAGAACAACGAGAUGGUUGUGUUGGCAAGUCUGAAACUUUCACAGGAUCUUGGGAAUGGUGGAACCAUCAACACUGUGUGGCAGGAUGGGUCAAUGUCUGGGAACAGUCCUCUGUCUCAUCCAGCUUCUGGCAACAAUGUCCGCUCUAUGUCCACUAUCAAUCUGGCCUCCGGUGUCUCUGCAGCUGCCGGAGGAGCUGGAGGAAGUUCCAAGCUCCGCAAACGCAACAUACAUGGAAUAUUGAACGGAGUGAGCUGGGGAAUAAUGAUGCCAAUAGGAGCAAUCAUAGCUCGCUACCUGAGAGUCGCCAAAUCAGCAAACGCUGCUUGGUUCUACAUUCAUGUUUCCUGUCAGGCUUCUGGUUACAUCAUCGGUGUGGCCGGAUGGGCCACCGGUCUCAAACUCGGUGGCGACUCACCGGGGAUUCAGUAUAGCACGCACCGUGCUAUUGGGAUCGCUCUCUUCACCCUAGCAACAGUUCAGGUGUUUGCCAUGUUUCUGAGGCCGAAACCAGAUCACAAGCACAGGCUCUACUGGAACAUAUACCACCACACGAUCGGCUACACAGUGAUCAUCCUUGGAGUGGUGAACGUUUUCAAAGGACUAGAAAUAUUGAGUCCCAAGAAGCAGUGGAGAAACGCUUACAUUGGUAUCAUCAUUGUUCUCGCCAUCGUGGCCACCGUGCUCGAAGCCUUCACUUGGUAUGUUGUCAUCAGGAGAAGGAAACUAGAGGAAUCUACUAAAGCAGCUCAGCGUGGACCACCCAACGGCGCUCGAUCUCAGUAUGCUUAA